ACACACACUUGUCACAUUCACACACACCUUUCACACACUUUUCACACACGCACCCUCCCCUCUUCAAGGCACCCUGCGCGACCUCUCACCAUUGGCCAAGUCCCGGAGCCCUCAGCAUCUCCAUCACGGCUGAAGGGACCAUUCGGGAAAGCAGGAGACAGAGGUGGACGACAGGAUGAGGAUGCUCGUGCGGCUCGUGUUGGGACUCUUCGUCCUCAAAGCGGUGGUGGCAGGCCCCAGAUUUUCCCGACAAGUGGACUUGGACUCGUACGACAGCGCCAACUAUGAUGUGGAUCUAGACAAUUUAAAUUCGGAGAACCAGGAUAUCUAUGACUAUGAAGAUGGGCUGACGAUUGAUGAUCCUCAGAUAGAGAUUGGAACACUGGCUCCACCUGACUACACCUACGUUGCCUCGGUGGAAGAAGAAGAAGAGGAGGAGGAGGAAGAGUUGCCCCUAACGCCCCAGCUCGUCCCUCAGGGUUCAGGGGGAUCUGGGGUCCUCAUGGGCCCAAACACACAGAAAGGUAUGCCCACCUGUCUGCUGUGCACGUGCCUCGGUGGUUCGGUCUACUGUGAUGACUUGAAGCUGGAUCAUGUUCCACCUCUUCCCAAAGACACCACUCACUUCUAUGCUCGCUACAACAGAAUCACCAAGAUCAACAAGGGCGACUUCGCCCACAUGAACAAGCUGAAGAGGAUCGACUUAACCGCCAACGAGAUAACGUCCGUGGAUGAGAAGGCGUUUAUUGGUCUGCCUGUACUGGAGGAGCUGGUGAUUCGAGAAAAUCAUAUCUCACAGCUGCCUGCCCUCCCGGAGACCAUGUCCCUGAUCGAUGCCAGCCAUAACAACCUGGGCAGCAAGGGUCUUCACAGAGAGGCGUUCAAGGAUAUGACGAGCCUGCUGUACCUGUACCUCACAGACAACCACAUCGAUUACGUCCCUGUGCCUCUUCCAGACAGCCUGCGAUCUCUACACCUACAGCGUAACAAUAUUCAAAUGAUGCACGAGGACACGUUCUGCAACCUGAAAGAUUUCAACUACAUCAGGAACGCGCUGGAGGACAUCCGUCUGGACGGGAACCCCAUCAACCUCAGCAGGACCCCGCAGGCCUACGUGUGCCUGCCCCGUAUACCCAUCGGGGAUCUCGUUUAACCACACAGACACAUAAUACCUACACUCUUGCACACUGACUCCCGAGAAAACAACCACAUGCACACAUCUUUGUACAUAUUGACACACAAAGCCACACACGCAGACAUGCACACCA